AUGCUGCCCCCCUCUGAGCAAGCCAUUGCGGCGCACCAACGCCUGAGGAGCCUCCUCUUCUUCAACCACCUCUCCCGUGUCUCUCCUGGUUCGACUCCAACCGGAUUAGUCUUCAACCUCACCGACGGUUCAUUCGUAAAAGCAGCGCAGUUACUUGGGGUCGACUCAAGCGAAGGCAAGUUUGCUUGUAAAGACGUCACGAUUUGGAAUACUGCUGGCGGAGAGGUGAGCAUCGGCAAGCCGGUCGUUCUCAGAGGUGACGAUAUCAAAUGCUUUAGUGUUUCUGUGCUGAAAAAAGGCGACCUUUCCACCAAAAAUACUACGGUUGAGUUGGACUAUUAG